AUCCUGACAUUAUCAAAAUCCUGAAAUUAUCAAAAUCCCGACAUUAUAAAGAUACUGACAAUAUCAAGGAUCCUGACAAUAUUAAGAUCCUGACAAUAUCAAGAUCCCGACAUUAUCAAGAUCCUGACACCAAAGAAUUAAUUGGCUUAGAAAGGUUUUUAAAGUUAAGCAGUUUACUUGUAGGUUUAUCUUUAGGAAAAAUUGGAAAUUUGGUUGAUAAUGUUGGAAUGAUUGCAUUCACAGACUGGAAUCCCUUUAAUAUUAUAUCCGAUGCAGCUG